UUCCUUCUCCCCUUCCAUUCUACUUACUACUACUUUCAUCUUAAGAUUUUGAAACUUUUCUCCGAUCUUCCUCUAUUUCCCCGUUUUACCCCUUGAAUCCCAUCUUUGACCUCUUCCUCCACCCCGAGCUGAGGUAAAGAUUAAUGGAGUGUAUAUAUAUCUGUAUAUAUUCUCAAACCUUUUACAUAUACACAUAGCAGAUAUACCCAGAUUGAUCAGAGCUAUUACAUUAAUUGUACCAGGCCAGAAACAUUAAGCUUUUGUGAGAUAUAUAUAGUUUUUGUUGAAUAGAAUAGAAUUGAAUAGAAUGUUUUUCUCUAGGAGAAUACUUGGAAGAGUUGGGCGUGGUGGUCGGAAAAAGAAGGUUCUGAGGAUAGGUUCGAGGAGGGAGAUGAUAACGCCCACUCAUUUUCUGUGUCCGAUUUCUCUGGACUUGAUGAAAGAUCCGGUCACAUUGUCCACCGGAAUCUCGUACGACCGAGAGAACAUCGAGAAGUGGCUGGGGGAAGGGAACCGGACAUGCCCGGUGACGAAUCAAGAGUUGACGUCCUAUGAUCUCAUCCCAAACCACGCCAUAAGAAGGAUGAUCCAAGAGUGGUGCGUGGACAAUAGGUCCCACGGCAUUGAGAGGAUUCCGACGCCGAGGAUUCCGGUGAGCAGCUCCGAGGUGUCGGAGAUGUGUGCGCGGCUGGAGGCGGCGACCGGGCGCGGGGACCACCAGGAGUGCCUGGAGUUGCUGGGGAAGAUGAAGGGUUUGGCGAAGGAGAGCGAGCGGGACAAGAAAUGCAUAGCGGAGAGUGGGGCGGGUCGGGUUUUGUCGGCGUGUUUCCAGGCAUUCUCGACGGAGAACAAGUACGAGGUUGAGGAUUUGGUGAAGGAAGUGUUGUCGGCGUUGAAGUGGAUGUUCCCGGUGGGGGAAGAGAGCAAGUCAAUGCUGGGAUCCAAGCCGUCGUUACGUUGCAUGGCAUGGAUUUUGAAGGGCCAGGAUUCAUCCGCCAAAAGGAACGUCGUCAUAGUUCUCAAAAAGCUGCUGUCUUUGGAUCACACCUACGCAAACAUCCUAGCACAGGUUGACGAGGAUGUCCCCCAGGCUCUAUUCGAGAUGGUGAAAUCCCCGACUUGCCCCUCAGCUAGAAAGGCUCCACUCGAGGUCAUAUACCGCAUGGUGGCAUCAUCCCCAGAAGCCAAUGGCAAAUUCGUAAAAAUGGGGUUGCCAUCUUUGGUUCUUGAAAUUCUCGUGGAUGCAGAAAAGGGUGUUGCAGAGAAGGCAUUAGCAGUUCUUGAUGGUAUCUGUGAAAGUCAAGAAGGGAGGGACAACAUUUGCAGCCACCCGUUGACCAUGGCGUUGUUAGUGAAGAAGAUUAUGAGACUUUCUGAGAUGGGCACAGAGCUUUGCGUGUCAAUUAUGUGGAAGCUUCUGUGCAAGGGAGAAGAUGAAAAUCAAGUGGUUGAAGCAUUGGAACUGGGAGGUUUCCAGAAGCUUCUGGUUGUUCUUCAAGUUGGAUGUGGGGAAAAUACAAAGGAAAGGGCUACGGAGUUGCUGAAAUUGAUGAAUCUUUACCAAGAUAGGGUGCAAUGCUUGCACAAUUCAUCAGGCUUCAAGUAUCUCAAAAAGUCAUAUUGACCGCCCAAACAAAAACC